GGUAAAUCCUCCAUCACGCUUCGACUAGUGCGUAGUCAAUGGAUCCAUGAAUAUGAUCCCACAAUCGAGGACUCGUAUUCAGUUACGCGCACGAUCGAUGGCCUCCCAUACUUCUUGUCUAUCACAGAUACAGCGGGUCAGGAGGAGUAUCGUGGGCUAUGGACAGCUUCCAACCUGAAAUCAGAUGCCUUCCUGCUCGUAUACGACAUCACCAGCCCGUCGAGUCUCAGUGCAUUGGAUUACUUUGUCGAGAUGAUCGACAUGGAGACGGAAUUGCGACACGAGGACACAAUUCGGCUGAGGAAACAAUUUGGAGGCAGCGGGCAAGAUGUCGGCAUGCCUCCUCCGAUCAAGAUCGUGGCCGGUAACAAAUGCGAUUUGAAAGAUGCCCGGAAGAUUGGAGCUCGAGAAGGGUUGGAGUACGCACGAAAACACGGCUGUGGGUUUAUGGAGACGAGCGCGAGGGAGAUGGUCAACAUCGAAGAGACAUUUGCCCGUAAGUCCCUAUAUUAA